AUGCCUCGAGACAAUUUGAUCACCUCUGAGAAUGACAUUGACAUUGGACUGGAAUUUGAAGGUGACAAUGAUGAAGUUUCUACUUUUCAAGAUGAACAUGAGAGGAAACGACACAGAUCAAAAAGAAGCGAUGGUGAUCAAGAGAGAAGGAAGAGGAGAAAUGGGAGGAGAAAAAGAGCAUCUAGAGCAGAGGAAGAGGAGGGAGAGUCACAGGCCAGGCCUGAGAAAAGAGAAAGGGGCAGGAGAAAGAGAACAAGGAGUGAUCAAGAUGCAGAAGGGAAAGAGAGGGAUGAUGAGGUGCAGCCCAAAAUAAAAAGCUGUGAGGAAGCAAAAACAAGAAAGCACAAACAAAACAAAAAAACAAGAAAAAUAGAGCCAAGUGAGGAAGAUGACAAUGAUACAGAGGACAAUGAGGAGAAAGAGGUGAGGCCAGAGUCUCUGUCACCGGAGGAGCUGGAGAUGCUGAAGGAGGCCGUGGACGAGAGGAAGAAACUGAUCCAAAAUCUGAGGGGGAAACCCUGGCCAAUGAAAAAGAAACUUGUGACUUUGCGGGAAUCUCAGGAGUUUGUGGAGAAAUACGAGGGAGCUUUAGGAAAAGGGAAAGGCAGGAAGCUCUAUGCAUACAAGGUCAUGAUGACCAAGAAAUGGAUGAAGUUUCAACGGGACUUUGAAAAUUUCAAAACUGCCUGCAUUCCAUGGGAGAUGAAAAUCAAGGAGAUUGAAAGUCAUUUUGGCUCCUCAGUUGCCUCUUACUUUAUCUUCUUGAGGUGGAUGUAUGGCAUCAACAUGAUCUUGUUUUGUCUGACCUUUGGCCUGGUUAUGGUGCCAGAGGCAUUAAUGGGGAGACCAUAUGGCACCAUCCCAAGAAAGACUGUCCCCAGGCCUGAGGCAACCAGUGCCAUGGACUUCGCUGUCUUAUGGGACUUUGGAGGUUACGCUCAGUAUUCAGUCCUCUUCUACGGUUACUACAACAACCAGCGAGCCAUUGGCUGGCUCAAGUUCCGUAUGCCUCUGUCAUACUUCCUGGUUGGUGUGGGAACAGUGGCCUAUAGCUAUAUGGUGGUAAUAAGAACGAUGGCCCGUAAUGCAAAUGAGUCAGGGGUCGGAGAUGAUAACAGCUUUAAUUUUAGCUGGAAAACUUUCACCAGCUGGGACUACUUGAUAGGAAACCCUGAAACUGCAGACAAUAAGUUUGCCUCCAUCACCACCAGUUUUAAGGAGGCAAUCUUGGAGGAGCAGGAGAGCCAAAAGGAUGACAACAUCCAUCUGACUCGUUUUCUGCGUGUGCUCGCCAACUUCCUGGUCCUGUGCUGCUUAGCAGGAAGUGGAUACCUCAUCUACUUUGUAGUGCGGCGCUCUCAGAAGUUUGCCCUUGAUGGACUGGAGAAUCACACCUGGUGGGAAAGGAAUGAGGUGAACAUGGUCAUGUCAUUACUGGGGAUGUUCUGCCCCAUGCUGUUCGAUGUCAUCAGUGCCCUGGAGAACUAUCACCCUCGUGUCGCCCUGCAGUGGCAGCUGGGUCGCAUCUUUGCCCUCUUCUUGGGAAAUCUCUACACCUUCAUCAUUGCACUCAUGGAUGAGAUUAACCUCAAAAGGGAAGAGGAAAAGAUAAUUAAGUUUAAUAUAACCAUGUGGGAAGCCAGUCUUUACAAUGGCACAGUAGCAGAAAACACCACGGCUCCACCCGUCACUAUCCAGCCUGCUGAUGUGCCCAGAGGGCCCUGCUGGGAGACCAUGGUGGGCCAGGAGUUUGUUCGGCUGAUCAUAUCUGAUACCAUGACAACCUAUAUCACGCUGCUGAUCGGUGACUUCCUGAGAGCUGUGCUUGUUCGUUUCCUCAACUACUGCUGGUGUUGGGACCUCGAGGCCGGAUUUCCGUCCUACUCUGAGUUUGAUGUCAGUGGAAACGUACUUGGCCUAAUCUUCAAUCAAGGAAUGAUAUGGAUGGGUGCUUUCUAUGCCCCCUGCCUGCCUGCCCUCAACGUCCUCCGGCUCCACGUGUCCAUGUACCUGCAGUGCUGGGCAGUGAUGUGCUGCAAUGUGCCGCAGGAAAGGGUUUUCAAGGCCUCUGGCUCCAACAACUUCUACAUGGCCAUGUUGCUGGUCAUCCUCUUCCUGUCCACUUUGCCUGCCAUCUACACCAUCGUCACCAUCCCCCCUUCCUUUGACUGUGGACCCUUCAGUGGGAAAAAACGUAUGUUUGAUGUGAUCCAGGAGACCCUUGAGUCCGACUUCCCUGCCUGGUUUGGUAAAGUGUUCAGCUAUGCCUCUAACCCGGGACUGGUGCUGCCCUUCAUACUACUUAUGAUACUGGCCAUUUAUUACUUGCAAUCAACAUCCAAAAGCUACAAAGAAGCUAAUGUGGACCUGAAGAAAAAACUACAAACACAAAAUGAGGAGAACAAGAAAAAGAACAAACUAGCAGCGCUGAAGGCACAAAUGGAUUUAGAAGAGGCCAGAAAAUCUUCAACACAGACUGCAGAGCAGCAAAAGAACAACAAUGCUUCACUACAAGACCAAGAGGCAGAUGAAGAAGAAGACCACAGUAGUGGUCAGAGGCGACAUCACUGUACAAAUGGACGCAACGCUCCUCCUUCAUUUAGAGGACAGGAAGGCCAACUUCCAGCCACUAGAGCCCCUGUAUCCAGGUCCUAUCACCAUGGUAACCACGGGGCUCCUGGGUACCUGCCUGGUCUCCCUCGGCAAAAUGACCCCAGGAUGCACAGGGUGCCGAGUCUGCAGAGACACUGA